AUGGAGGGAGCACGAGAUGGCCUACUCUUCCUGACUCUGUGUCUCCCAGCCAGCAUUCUCCCUCGCCAGGGAAGCUGCUUUAACCUGGGCCUGACCAACCACACUGAGUACAGUGGCCCAAAGGGGAGUCACUUUGGCUUUUCUGUGGACUUUUAUCAGGCAGGCAGUAAGAAUGUAAAUGUUGUGGUGGGUGCACCUAGAGAUGGUGUGGGCCCUUCCCAGGGCGGCUCUGUCUUCCUCUGCCCCUGGACACCAUCCAGAAGACCAUGUCAUAAACUGGGCUUUGACCAAACAGGUGACCAAAAUAUCACUUUUAAUAAUAUGCUCCUGACAACCCAUAAAACUAACCAGUGGUUGGGAGGUACCAUACGGGUCCACAAGAACUCCAUCUUGGCCUGUGCCCCCUUGUUUCACUGGAACGUGAUUGAGGAAGAGGAGGAGGCCAUGAACACCCCAGUGGGGAAUUGUCAGCUGCUGAACAUGCUCACUGGAGAAGUAGCAAACUACGCACCCUGUAGGGGAAUCAGAGUGGAGGCGAGCUACGUGAGAGCCAGAGGCUUUCAGGACAGACGCUAUUGUGAAGCAGGAUUCAGUUCUGAUAUCACAAAGGAUGGCAAAGUGGUUCUUGGUGCCCCUGGAGGCUUUUUCUUCCAAGGUCAGAUCAUCACUGCACCUCUCCAAAGCAUCAUGACCAGUGGCAGGACUUUUUCUCCAAUGCACUACGUGACAGGAGAAACCAAGUCGGACGAGAGGUUCAACCAGUAUGACCUUUAUUUAGGAUACUCUGUAGCGACAGGGCAGUUUAAUGCUGAUCAUGUCACAGACUAUGUUGUUGGUAUCCCAAAUGACCUAAACACAGCUGGAUCUGUUAAAAUCUUUAAUGGAGCUACAGUUUAUCCCAAAAUCAUAAUAAGUUUGAGAGGCUCUCAGAUAGCUUCCUAUUUUGGCCACUGUGUUGCUGUGACUGACAUAAACAGUGAUGGGAGGGAUGACAUCCUAGUGGGUUCUCCUCUCUUCAUGGAGCACCUCUCCACCAAGAAACUGCGUGAGGUGGGUCAGGUCUAUGUCUACCUGCAGAGGGAAGACCAUAAAUUCUCCCCUAGGCCUGAACAGACCUUGACGGGGACCCAUGCCUAUGGCCGCUUUGGCAUUGCUGUUGCUCCCCUGGGAGACAUCGACCAUGACGGCUUCAGAGACGUGGCAGUGGGUGCGCCAGGCACUGGGGGAGGGGGCUUGGUCUUCAUCUUCAUGGGGCAGAGUGGAGGUCUGAAUCCACAGUACACGCAAGUCAUAGAGAGCCCUUUCAAGUCUCCAGAACCAGUGCAUGCCUUUGGCUUCAGCAUGAGAGGGGGCAUGGACAUCGACAGCAAUGGAUACCCAGACCUGAUUGUUGGUGCAUGGGGAGCAGACAAAGUGGCCAUAUACAGGACAAAGGCUGUAGUGAGGACCAAAGCCCAAAUUUCCUUCUUCCCUGAUUUUCUAAAUCCUGAUGACAGAUUGUGUCAGCUGCACAGUGGUCUCCUGGUCUCCUGUUUUAACAUCAUGAUGUGCAUUACUGUGUCUGGCUACAGAAUACCAGAAGAGAUUGUGCUGAACAUAGACCUUCAACUGGAUAAGCUGAAGUCUGUCAUGGCCAGACGUACUCUCCUCCUGGAGUCUGCUCAGUCGCACAAACAGUUUCAGGUCUCCAUUAAGAGAGAUACAGGAAUACUGUGCAAGAACUUUACUGCCUAUCUGCUGGUGGAGUUCAAAGACAAGCUCAACCCCAUCUUCAUCUCACUCAACUACAGCCUGGCCAACUCCCAUGAUGCUUUGCUGCAUGGGCAAAGUUUGGUAGUGGCUCAGACACAAAUCAUUCUUGACUGCGGUACUGAUAACAUCUGUAUCCCUGACCUGAAGCUAGCUGCUAAGGCGGGCACACAGCCACUCCUGAUCGGGGAUGACAACCCUGCUCUCGUGCUGGUCACAGCCGAAAACCAAGGCGAAGGGGCCUACGAGGCGGAGCUGCACGUGAGCCUGCCUGCUCACAUGUACUAUCAGACUGUGCAGAGUGACAUGGAGGGCUUCAGUCUUCUGAAGUGUGUUCCUAAGAAAGAGAAUGGAUCAGUCAUUGUGGUGUGUGAUCUGGGCAACCCAAUGAAGGCUGGCCAGAAGAUCCAGGCUGGCCUGUUCUUCAGUAUGAGUGGUCUGGAGGAUGUUGAGACCCAUGUGUCCUUCCAUUUACAAAUUAAAAGCAAGAACACUCAGAACUCAGACAGCAACCCUGUGGAAGUUCAGAUUCUUGUUCAGGCUGUGGUUUCACUGGAAAUACGUGGCGUCUCCGUUCACGGUGAUUGUGUCCUACCUAUUGCCAAUUGGGAGCCAAAACCUCACCCGGAACAUUUGGACGAUGUGGGGCCGCUCAUAGAACAUGUGUACGAGCUGAAGAAUAAAGGUCCUAGCCCGGUCAAUGCCCGCCUCCAGCUGCAUUUUCCCAUACAGCAGAACGGGUCCCGCCUGCUCUACGUGUUCGCCAACGCCUCUGAGGAGCUGCUCUCCUGCCACACGGACUACUCCAAAAUUGAUGUGUACAGGCUAGUGAAACCAGAGCCCACUAACAGUUCUGUGACCCCAACUCACUACAUCAACAAACGUGACAUACAACGGCAGGAAGAGCACCCUGAGAAGCAGCACGCUGAAACUGUCCAUGUGAACUGCUCCAACACUGAGGUGUGCAUGAUACUCACCUGCGAGGCUGCAGGCCUGCAGAGAAAUGGCAGAGCAAUAGUGAAAGUGGCAGCCAGACUGUGGGCCCACACCUUCUUACAGAGGCCUUAUGUGAAUUAUGUCCUGCUGUCCACUGCCUAUUAUGAAGUAGUGGAUGUUCCUUCCAAGAUCCAGCCAAAAGUAUUGCCCAGUGGCCAGGCAGAGGCAAACACUAGUGUGGUCUGGAGGUGUCCUGAUGGACAGGCAGAGGUGCCUGUCUGGUGGAUUGCGCUAUCAUUCUUUGCAGGGCUCUUGCUGUUGGCUAUGCUGAGCAUCGUCUUCUGGAAGAUGGGAUUCUUCAAGCGUCACCGCCCGCCGACUGAUAAUGAUGAUGAUGAUGUCACACUCGAGCUCAACGCAGGGCUAUCGGAGUAGCCUAGGGCCUGUUACUAGAAGAAAGAAGAGUACAAAUAAAUGUACUUCAAAAUAAUUCAGUUCAACUGCAAAGUUACACAAGCAAGAAUAUCACGCACGAAUUAAGCUAGCGUUUAAGCUUCCUUUAUGCACACAUAUGACUAGAGGUUAACACGAGCUAUAUAUAGCAUAUAUAUGAUCGCGAAUAACUGUUCUUGUAACCGGUUUUAAUUUUUCUAUUUGUGUGAACGUGCCUGCCUAGAUGAUGCGUUUUCGCUGACUCCCAUUAGUUUAAAGGCGCAUGCGCGGGGAAGGGGGCGCUUGGGAUAUCUGUACAGUACCUUAGAGAUAAACUGAUUUUUUUUUUCUAACUUUAGCUCACUGUUAAGAGUUUAUUAGCAAUUUAACUUUAGCUACAGCCAAUAAUUAUUUUUCUCUAACAUCAGUUAGGAGUUUUGUUGAAUAAAUAUUUAGCUAUAGCUUUCUGGCUUACAAUGUAACUAUUGCAUUAAUAUUAAACUAGUAUUGAAGAUCAGACACAUUUUAUCAUCACGUUACCUAAUUUCAUCAUGUACCAGAAAAGCACCUUUUGCACCACCGACUGCUUGCCAAUUGGUGAAACCUGCAUGCAAGGGACAAGUACACUAUUGGUUGUUAGCUUUGGCUGUAAUGGUUGCUACAGCACAAAGUGGACCAGCUAAUCAACAUUGCUUAAGAGAGCUCUAGAACAGCAUUCUGCCAGGCCUCUUGGAACUGAUAGCAUUUCUUGCAUCGGUAUAAUCGUUUUCUACAAAUAGGUUCGAUCCUGUACCAUUUACACUUUUAUGAAAACUGCAAUUAAAUUAUUUUAAGAAAACUAGCCCUACCUAUUUGAAUAUUUUCAUAUUUACAUUUAUGGCAUCUUAUCCAGUGACUUGCAUAUUUAUUUUCUUAUUAAACAUAUCGACAGAAUUGUGGAAAGUGCAGCAGAAAAUACAGUUUGAAAAUACAGUUGAAAAUCUUCACUUU